GUCAGGAAGAGUAGCUUGUCCCUAUUUUACACCUGAAGCAACUGAGGCUCACAAAAGGAAUUGAAAGAGGUGCCUGGAGAAAUGGAUGCUAGAAGAAAACACUGGAAGGAGAAUAUGUUUGCUCCUUUUUUUAGUGCACAGGAUGUUCUAGAUGAGGCUUCUCAGCCUGAAUCUUCUUCUGAACAAAUGACUUUAGAUAAGACCAAGAGAAUGGAAGGAGUGUAUAAUCUGUCUAGUAGAAAGUUUCAAGAAGAAAAUAAAUUUAAGAGGAAAGAAUUUAUUUCCCAACUAAAUGAAAAAGAGCAAGAACCAAAUUUAAGAGAGAGAAAGAUAAACAUUUCAAAGAAUGAAGCAGACAUGAAUUCUGCCUCCUGUGAGUCAUCUAAUUUGGAUGUUGUAGCCGAAGAAAGCUUGAAUAGCACAGAAGAUCAUUCUACCUGGAGUACAAAGGAAUUACCAACUCUACCACAGCAAGACAAGAAGGACAAGAAGAAGAAAUUGACCGAAGGAAUGUCUCCAAAAUUUCGCCUGAAUCUUUUGAAUGAAGAACUGGAAGAACUCAAUAUGAAAUGCAGAAAAAUAGAAGAGGAAUUUGAAAAUGCUGAAAAAGAACUUUUGAACUCCAAAAAGGAAGUCUCCGCAAAACCUCUAAAUUUUCAAGAAACGGGGAUGGAAACUUCGAAGAAAGAUUGGGAACUUCAAGCUUUAAGAAAUGACCUAUCUGAAAAAGCAAUUAAUGUCAAAAACUUAACUGAAGAGCUCCAGCAAGCCAAAGAAGUCAUCCACAAGCUGAGCCUAGAGAACAGAGAUUUAAAAGAAGCUAUUAGGAAGUUAAAGCGUCAAACCGAGGUUGGAAAUGCACUCCUCAGGGAAGAAAUGAAAUUGUAUUAUGAAUUAGAAAUGGAAAAGAUCCAUGGAGAGCUCGAUGCCAUCAAGAAUGAACUGAGAGCUGAGAAGACCCUGCAAGAAAGAAAUAACAGGGCUCUGGAGUUGCUUAGAAAACACUUUGCUUCCAUAACGUCAUCAAGUGCCCUUGACAGCUUCACAGGGGACUUUUUUUAAAACUUAAAAGCCUUUCAUUAGGCAACUCGUUGAGCCAAAUCAAUGUUUCUUGUGCUUUGUGUACUACUUAAAAUGUGUGUAAUGGGAUGUAAUUUUCAUUUUUGGUGAAUCAGAAUAUCCGUAAAACGUAUAGAUGUUAACUUCAAAGCUUCUGCUUUCUCUUUCUAAUGAAGUUGUUGCGAGAGUCCAAAUGGAAAUGAAGCUUCAGAAAUCUUUUUUAUAUAUAUUUCACUCAAAGACAUGUAGUGAUUCACCAAAUCAUUUAUGAAUACAAAUCAGCAGCCAUUUUGUUAUCUUGUGAGCAAUAUGUCCUUGGCACGUGAAUAUUCUUCCAUCUGUGUUCGUUGAUGUUAACAAUAAAAAUCUUGUUUAUGUGUAUAA